UGCUGGAAACAAGGAGCAAGUUCUUUUCUCAGUGUCUUUGCUUCCCAAUGCCUCUCCAAAAGCUCUCGGCAUUCAUUGAUGCCAUCUGCAGGUUUGUCAUCUGCAAUGACUCCUCCCUCCGUGGGCAAACAGUCAUCUUCAACCCUGACUUCUUUGUGGAGAAGUUGCGGCAUGAGAAGCCCGAAGUGUUCACAGAGCUGGUGGUCAGCAACAUCACCAGGCUCAUCGACCUGCCGGGAGCAGAGCUGGCCCAGCUGAUGGGGGAGGAGGACCCCAAGCUGCCUGGUGGCAUUGGCACAGCCUCUGGAUUCUUUCGGUCCCUAAUGUCUCUGAAGCGUAAAGAUAAAGGAGUGGUGUUUGGCUCCCCGCUGACCGAGGAGGGCAUCGCCCAGGUCUCGCAGCUCAUCGAAUACCUGCACAAGCAUCUGCGAAUGGAGGGCUUGUUUCGAGUGCCAGGGAACAGUCUCAGGCAGCAGAUCCUGAAGGAUGCCCUGAACAACGGGGCCGAUAUUGACCUGGAAUCGGGGGAUUUUCACUCCAACGAUGUGGCCUCUCUGCUGAAGAUGUUCCUGGGUGAAUUACCUGAGCCCCUGCUGACACACAAGCACUUCCAAGCCCACCUCAAAAUUGCAGGCCUGAUGCAGUUUGAUGACAAGGGGAACAAGAGCAGCACACCAGAUAAGGAGCGGCAGAUCGAAGCCCUGCAGCUGCUCUUCCUGAUCCUCCCCCCGCCCAAUCGCAACCUGCUCAAGCUGCUGCUGGACCUGCUCUACCAAACGGCCAAGAAACAGGACAAGAACAAGAUGUCUGCCCACAACCUGGCUCUCAUGUUUGCACCCCACAUCCUGUGGCCCAGAAAUGUGACAGCGAACGACCUGCAGGAGAAUAUCACAAAGCUGAAUGACGGCGUGGCCUUCAUGAUCAAACACUCGCAGAAACUCUUCAAGGCUCCGGCAUACGUUCGUGAAUGUGCCAGGCUGCACUACCUGGGGUCCCGAGUGCAUGCUUCAAAGGACGACCUGGAUUUGCUGACAUCUGCUGGGUCCAAGGACCUCCAGCCCCUGAAGUCUCAGAAGCGGAGUAGGCUGGAUCCGUCUCACCAGGAGGAGACGCAGCAGCGCACGGAGGAGGCGCUGAAGGAGCUCUUCCACCACAUCCACAGCAUGCCAGACUCUGCUAAAAAGAAAAAGCUCAUCCGGCAGUUCCAUAAGCAUCCCGGCACUCUCACUCCUGGGCCCGAUGCACCAACACCCCCGGUACAGAGGCGCACCCGCUCCCGCUCCUUCAGUGGCCUCAUCAAGCGGAGGAUGCUGGGGAACCCACUGAUCUCGGAAAGGAAAAGCAGGGACUCCACACCGGAAUCGAAGGGAGCCAGCAAAGAGAACCUCCACCUGUUACAGAGACUGCCUGAAUCUUCAGCAAGUCAUGGCACCCGAGCAAAGCUGAAAUUGUCUGAGGGCAGGAAAGAGGACUCCCUUAAACAUUGCCAGGCCCUUGCGCCUUUCACCAAGGAGCCAACCAUCUGAGCAACCAGGCACCAGCCUGUGUGUGCGGCAGACGUCUGGACUUGUAAGCUGUGAAUAAUGCCUGCUGCAUCUCAAGCUGUGAGAGGACUGAGUGCCGCAGCCUCCGGCGAUCCCUCUAACCCAGCUCACUGGGGCUUGGCUUGCAACGAGGCCUGCUGCGAGCAUAGUGAGGACUCUGACUUCCACAUGUUAAUAUGGGCAAACCACUAUCUAACCAAGCACCUGCAGGGUGUCUGACCCUGGGUCUGAGGAAGGGCCAGAGAGCCUGUUGGAAGAAGGCAGGAACUUUGUAUUCACUGGUUUUGUUCAGUGCUCCGGGUUCUCUCUCUCUGAGCUUUUAACACAUUUGUCUUGUUUUUACCCUGUGCCUCCAUCAACAACGAGAACGGUCAGCCGCUUCCCAGCAGCUAACUCUGUCUUACUAGCUCUUGUGCAGUGCUCUCUCCAUGCGGGUAUUGAUGAGUGGGGAGGAUGGCUGCAGUAUCACAAAUCUCCAGCCCCAGGGCUCAUUUCUGCCUUCCUGACAGGCUGCAUGCUGGCUUGGCCAUGUCAGCCCCUGUGCAACUAUGGGAGUAGGAGAAGGGGAAUUGGAAGGUGACAUCUUCAUGUCAAAUGGCGAAGAAGCAGAUUCCAGAAUAAACUCUCAUCAUCUUGAUGUUAACAGAGCCCCUUAGCUGCAGUCCCUGCUACUUACAGGAUAGUCUGUAGAAAGCACACAGUGAAACCAGCCCCGUGAACAGACUGCGUGGUCUCUAACUAAAGGUCAGACGUAAUUAUAGAGCGAACCUUGAGGAUACUUUAUGUGCUUGUUUAAGCAAGGGCCGUGUCUCAUGCCGGGGAGGUGCUGGAAGGCAGGUUUCACUGCGUCUGGAGUGGAUUGUGUUUCCAUGUGCCUGUCACCUCCCUUUGCUGUGCGUCCUCUCCCAUCAUGGCUGAUUGCCAAGACUUGAGGCAUUGGAAGGUCUGUCUCCUUUCUAAUCAGCCGCCGGCUGCCUGAUUCAUUCAGCAGUGCCGCAGCACCAUGCUUGUCACCUCCCGGUUGUUUCCAUGGUCGAGGUCUCUGGAGGACAAGUAGGGGACAGCUAAUGGCCUUUCACAGUCUCUAUCGAGUGGGUGCUGAGCU